CCCAUCCAGGUCGAGGAGGCCGAGGCCAUGGCCGAGACGGAGGAGCGGAGCCUGGACAACUUCUUUGCCAAGAGGGACAAGAAGAAGAAGAAGGAGCGGAGCAACCGGGCGGCGAGUGCCGCGGGUGCAGCGGGCAGCGCCGGCGGGAGCAGUGGAGCCGCGGGUGCGGCGGGCGGCGGGGCGGGCACGGGGACCCGGCCGGGCGACGGCGGGACCGCGAGCGCGGGGACUGCGGGCCCAGGGGCCGCCACCAAGGCUGUGACGAAGGACGAAGAUGAAUGGAAAGAAUUAGAGCAAAAAGAGGUUGAUUACAGCGGCCUCAGGGUUCAGGCAAUGCAAAUAAGUGAAAAGGAAGAAGAUGAUAAUGAAAAGAGACAAGAUCCAGGUGAUAACUGGGAAGAAGGUGGAGGUGGUGGUGGAGGUAUGGAAAAAUCUUCAGGUCCCUGGAAUAAAACAGCUCCGGUCCAAGCACCUCCUGCUCCAGUAAUUGUUACAGAAACCCCAGAACCGGCAAUGACUAGUGGUGUUUAUAGGCCUCCUGGGGCCAGGUUAACCACAACAAGAAAAACACCACAAGGACCACCAGAAAUCUACAGCGAUACACAGUUCCCAUCCCUGCAGUCAACUGCCAAGCACGUAGAAAGCCGGAAGUACUUAAAAUGAAUGCUACCUGGAAUUAAAUGACUACAUAUGGCACAUCUACAUCUUACUUAGGGACAUGAAUUUUUUAAAAUAAAUAAAAUGGGAAGAAAUGUAAAUGACAUCAGAUGGAAAUGUUUUUUGGGGUGGCUUUUAGAAUAAAUCCCAGCCUUUUCGCCACUUUGAGAGCACAGCUGGCAUGAAUUUAAACCUCCACGUGGACUUGCUCCUCUGCUCUGUCUUAAAAAAUGUAUAAGGGACCUUUGGGAGGGCAGUGAUUCACCACACUCAAGUUUCUUUACCUGAUCUAAUCAGAUCCACUCCCACAAAAUUGAUGUGAGGAGAAAUCAUUGACGAAUGAGUAGAAUUUACUUGAAUGAGAAAAUUGUUACCCUUGUGCAUAAAGAGAGAGAUGUAUUAUCUAUUACUUGCUAAAAGUGGAAGUCUUAGGAGGAAUGUCAUCACACAGCUUUUAACAGUUUUCUUCAAGUUUGUCCUGAAAUAGGGUCACAUUUAAUACUAUUCAGUAGAACAUAGGACCCUAGAGCUUCAGUACAGCGUUCUGUGUUUUCUGUUCCAAUUGAAGCCUUAAAAUGGUUUGAUAAGGAUUUUAUAUACGCCCACUCCUACCCCUCCCCAGGAUUCUUCUAAGGGGUGGCUUUUUUUUUAAAUUCAAGGACGAGUAUUUUCAAAAACCCUAGUGAAGAAAAAAUAUUUACUGAUUACAUUUCUUUUCCCUUAGGGAUAAAGAAAUGGAGAAGAGCUUUGAAGUAGUAAGACACAAAAAUAGAGGUAGGGAUGAGGUUUCAAAAACCCAGGCCCUUAAACUUCAGCUAGACAACCAGUAUGCUGUGCUUGAAAAUCAGAAAAGCAGCCACUCACAGUACAAUUAAGGAAUGGGCUUUGCUAACCCUUCUGAGGUAACUAGACUGCAGCUAACCACCACCAACAGUCAGUCAUCAUCUGAUCUCUGCUGGACCUACAGACACCGAUGCAGACCACUCAGUUUCGUGACCGGCCCUGUUGCACUAUGGAAGUUAAAGUGUUGCGAGUGCUCUAUGCAUAUUGGAUUUAGGGGAAUUUUCAUUGUUAUAUAAAUGUGUGAACUAGUUUCAAAGCAGUGUUCUUUCAUAUUUACUCUGCAAAUACAAAAAACCAAAACCUGCAGCCAGUGGUCAUUUCAAAAUCUUUUUAUGUUCAGAUACUGAGCCUUCAUAAGGGUUGACUACCUCAGAUUUGCUGCACUCAUUGUGGACUUCAUGUGGAUCACAACUUCUGGAUAAGAAGAUUACAACUAUUAAGUGUCGAUGUGAACCUUGCAACCAGCUCUACUGGAUUCUUACCAGAAAUCCUGCAUAAAAAGUCAGCCAUCUGGGUUCUGAUCUGCUGUAAAAGAUGAAGAUUUAAGUGACCUUAAUUAACCUGUCCUGUGCCCUACCCUUAAGGAAUACUCUAUGUAGUAGGCUGUGGCUGUAUUAUACUUCCCGGAACACGCCGCUGAAAAGAACUGAUGUGUUCAGAUCAUCUGUGUAGGGCUGUGAUUUGUAAUUUAAACUUUAAUUGUAUUCUGAGGUAACCACAAAAUAAAUUCAACCAAACUGGGGUCCACCAAGUACGGGAAGGGGUAAGGGAGAGAAUACUUUUUUUUUUUGGUAAUUUUUUUUUUAUUUGGAUAGUGCUUUUUUGUUUUGUUUUUGUUCUGCAUUAAGCCCUUUUUUGCUUUGACUUGAAAUAAGUUCUUUGACAGAGCAUAUUGCUUGGUUAAGUAAGUAACCUAAAGUAUGCAUUAGGAUUGUAAAAUGUCUUCGUGAGUAUGCCAAUCCUGAGGGUGGAACCAAAUAGCCUUUGAUGUAAAGGGCAGUGGAUUCUGGAGGCUUUACUUCAGGUGCUGCUAAUGCCUCUUCUAAUCAGGUCUAAAUUGUGUAGUAAACUGCAGUGGGAAGAAAAUGCUUUCUGCUCAGGCUAAGGGGUUCACUGAUCUGUCCUUACAAAUUCAGAGCAACAUGAGCAAAACCUCAGCUAAAACCCAUUUAAGUGUCAUGGAUUGUGCAUGAUCUUUGAUAAGAAUUCCUCAUGUUCUUGUGCCCAGUUUUUCAAGGUAUUGGCUGUUCUAUAGAUGCAGUGAUGGUCCCAGCUAGCUCUGUUUUCAACCUUUUGGUGUGUCUUUUUUUUUUUUUUUUUUUUUUUGAGACAGAGUCUCGCUCUGUCGCCCGGGCUGGAGUGCAGUGGCCGGAUCUCAGCUCACUGCAAGCUCCGCCUCCCGGGUUCACGCCAUUCUCCUGCCUCAGCCUCCCGAGGAGCUGGGACUACAGGCGCCGCCACCUCGCCCGGCUAGUUUUUUGUUGUUGUAUUUUUAUGUUCAUUUGGAGAGUCAGGGCGAAAGACAGGUGAUGUAGCACUUCUGUUUUUGAUAAUUACAGCUUCAAAUACCUAUUAAUAGUUUGGGGUCCUUUAGAGGGACUUGAGGAAGCCACCCAGGAUUACGGAAGAGUGUCCACCUAACAAGAUGAUCUGGCACUUUCCUAGUUUUGUAUCUUUGGUUCAAUAGAAAUAUCUGAAAGUGGUAAUGUGACCACUUGAUGCAGAGUCCGGGUUUCUCUAUAAUAAAUCCCUUUGCCAAAUGCAUGAGUUGCAGACUUGCUAUUGGCAAGAGUGAAGCAAGUGGGUGAGUAAAACUAUUUUGAUGUGGGAGCAUUUUCAGAUAGGAAUUUAGUCUUGAUGAAAGUGUCCGUGCAGGAAUUGGACUCCAAGGAGGGUUACAGUAUCUCCUGACAGGACCUGCCACUCACAUAACUCACAUCUGGGCAACAGUGUUGUCAUUUGAGGUGGCAGGAUGCCUGCCUUCUAAUCUAUUUGGGUGAGUAGUUGAGCCAGCCAAGGGGAGGUUGAAUGAUUAAAUCAGAAAUGGGAUUCUUGGUAAACUGAAGACUAUUUGGGAACGAAAAACCUUAAAAGGCUCUUCAUCGUUGAACUGUGUAUUUUCCCUGCAUUUUUUUCCCCACAAAAUUUUGUUGGGGGUUAUGUUACUGAAGAAUGAACAGAGAUGAGUAAGUGGAGGUGUUCUGUAAAGGCAUACUGUACUCGAAAUCGGAAGACCUGCAGCAGAUUUAAAUUACAACUCUUGUUAUAACUUUUUAAAAGUUUGUGAAAAUAUCAAAAUGUACAUGAAUCAAGUUUUAAUAUACUGUAUGAUGGGUGGAUGAGGCUGUCCAUUGUACCAUUUGUUUGAAUUCUCAGGCAUGGUUUGGCAGUGCAAGAACUCUGUAACAUUAACAAAUUCAAUAAAAAGUAAAUAUAUGGA